AUGACCAACGUAGAAGAUCUAACAGUUCAGUUUGUAUAUGAUGAUACCUCAGAGCGUCAGUUUUACCUACCGGGCGACCCCAUGAAAGGGAUAAUUACCAUCUACCUGAAAGGCACAAUUAGAGUACGUGCCAUUGAGUUUCUGGUAACAGGAGUUGGCGCGGUUUCCUGGGAGAUACCUAACAGAAAGAAACUCUUCACGUGCAGAGAAACAUAUCUGGAAGGCGCGAAAAACAUCGUCAAUGAUUUGCAAGGGAGAGAAGUCACUUUAGCUAAAGGAGCCCACGAAUUUCAUUUCACGUAUCAGCUACCCACCAACUUACCAUCAUCAUACAAUGGCGUCUACGGUAGCGUUACGUACACGGCGAAAAUUACACUGGAGUGCGAAAGCGAGCGUGAUAAUAUGCACGUUAGUGAACCGUUUCUGUUUUUGAGGCGACCUCCACUACCCAUGGAGACACUUUCUGUCAAGGAAAUGAAAGACAGUAGAUUUUAUGUGGGAUUCUGUAAAACUGGACAAGUGAAAGUAAACUGUACGUUGAGUCAAACCGGGGGAAUCCCAGGCGAGGAGAUCGCCAUUGAUGCUGACGUCAUGAACUGGAGUCCGAGGGAAAUCCUCGUUAUACAAGCGUCCAUUAUAAUGCAAAGCUGCUAUUACGCACGUGGAGAGAGCAUAACUUUCAGACAGGUUAUCAACAAAAGAGAGGAUCCGUACGACUUUGACAAUAGAAAAGGCAGAAGAUGGCGUAGCGUGUUGAUCGCCAUUCCACCGUAUAUAGCGGACACUGAUUUAAAAUUCUGUAAUCUGAUGGACGUUUGUUACUUCUUUCAAUUCCGAGUGGCUGUGAGCGGCAAGGAGGACAUUAUUCUGGAAUGUCCAAUUCAGGUCGGGGGUAGACCGCACGGUAUGGAAAUGCGUGAGGGUCGAGCGUUUGGACAAUCUAACGUGGACACUAAAGAUAUCAACCCCUUUCUGCGAGACGCUGCCCGAUACGCUGGGGAUAUAGACGAAGGCUACUACCGGAGAAGAUAA